AUGCUCUUGUUAUGGCUAACAGGACUAGGGGCUGGAAUUGUCUUCUUGCACUUCCUGCAGAAACUCCUGUUCCCUUACUUCUGGGAUGACUUCUGGUACCUGGGGAAGGUGGUACGCUAUGGAAUUCGGAUGGAGAUGUGCAGGCUCCGAGGCGAGCUGGUCACUGUCCUGGAUAAAUUCCUAAGCCAUGCCAAGCAGCAGCCUCAGAAACCUUUCAUCAUCUAUGAGGGAGACAUCUACACCUAUCAGGAUGUAGACAGAAGGAGUAGCAGAGUGGCCCAUGUCUUCCUGAACCAUUCCACUGUGAAAAGGGGGGCCACCGUGGCUCUGCUGAUGAGCAAUGAGCCUGACUUCAUCCACGUGUGGUUCGGCCUGGCCAAGCUGGGCUGCGUGGUGGCCUUCCUCAACUCCAGCAUUCGCUCCAAGUCCCUCCUGCAUUGCAUCCUCAGCUGUGAGCCCAGGGCCCUCAUAGUCGGCGCAGAUUUGCUGGGAACUGUAGAAGAAAUCCUUCCAAGCCUCCCAGAAGAGAUCAGUGUUUGGGCAAUGAAAGAUUCUGUUCCACAGGGCAUAAUUUCACUCAAAGCCAAGCUGGGCACAGCAUCGGAGGGGCCAGUGCCACACAGCCACCACGUUGCCUCAAGCCUCAAGUCUCCUUAUCUUUAUAUUUUUACCUCUGGGACAACAGGUCUACCAAAAGCAGCUGUGAUCAGUCAGCUGCAGGCUUUGAAGGGCUCUGUUGGACUGUGGGCUUUCGGUUGUGCAGCCGAUGACAUCAUCUAUAUAACUCUUCCCCUGUAUCAUAGUUCAGGAUCUCUCCUGGGAAUCGGCGGAUGCAUUGAGUUAGGCGCUACUUGUGUCUUAAAGAAGAAAUUCUCUGCAAGCCAAUUUUGGAAUGACUGCAGGAAGUAUAACGUGACUGUGUUUCAGUAUAUUGGAGAACUCUGUCGCUAUCUUUGCAAACAACCUAAGAAAGAAGGGGAAAAGGAGCAUCAGGUGCGUUUGGCAGUUGGAAAUGGCAUACGGAGUGACGUGUGGCGAGAAUUUUUAGACAGAUUUGGAAAUAUUAAGAUGUGUGAGUUUUAUGGAGCUACUGAAGGAAACAUUUGCUUCAUGAAUCACACCGGGAAAAUUGGAUCCGUUGGGAGAACAAAUUUCUUUUACAAACUUUUUUUCACUUUUGACUUGAUAGAGUAUGAUUUUCAGAAAGAUGAGCCCAUUAGAAAUGAACAGGGUUGGUGCAGUCGUGUGAAAAAAGGAGAACCUGGCCUUCUCAUUUCUCAAGUGAAUGCCAAGAAUCCUUUCUUUGGUUAUGCUGGGAACAAGAAGCACACAGAAAAGAAGUUGCUUUGUGAUGUUUUUAGAAAGGGAGAUGUUUACUUUAACACCGGAGAUUUGAUGGUCCAAGAUCAGGAGAAUUUCCUUUAUUUUUGGGACCGUAUUGGAGAUACUUUUAGAUGGAAAGGGGAAAAUGUUGCAACCACAGAGGUGGCGGAUAUUAUUGGCAUGUUGGAUUUCAUACAGGAAACAAACAUCUAUGGUGUGGCUGUGCCAGAUCAUGAAGGAAAAGCAGGAAUGGCUUCUAUUAUUUUAAAACCAAAUAAGUCUUUAGACUUGGAAAAAAUUUAUGAACAAGUUGUAACAUAUCUGCCACCUUAUGCCUGUCCACGAUUUUUAAGAAUUCAGGAAAAGAUGGAAACAACAGGGACAUUCAAAGUACAGAAGUUUCAGCUGGUGGAAGAAGGAUUUAGUCCACUGGAAAUUUCUGAUCCACUUUACUUCAUGGAUAACUUGAAAAAAUCUUAUGUUCCACUGACCAAAGAACUUUAUGAUCAAAUAAUAUUAGGGGAGAUCAAACUUUAAGGUUUUUUUAUAUAUGGGAUGUUCAAAUGCUUUCUUAGGAGAGGUGAGAAGAGAGUGUGUGAAUUUUUAAUAUGAUAUAGGGAAAGGGAACUGAUGUUAAUUAAGCAUGUACUGUAUUUCCUUAAUUUGCAACAGCUAUUCUUUAAUUAAGAACUUUAAUUUGUUUUAAUUGACAACAAACUUCAGUUGGUUAGUAUUUUUACUUGGGGAUUCAGUGUAUAAGUAUUUGCCUUAAUCUUAAAGAUUUUAAAUAAUAAGUGGUUAGCAGUUUAGAUACAUCUAAAAAGGACUUUUUAAAUAAAAUUUCUAGUUUUGAAUAAGUGAUUACAUUUUAUUCAAAUAUUUGUGUGCCCUAUCCUGUAGCUCAAUAACAUCAUCUUCAUUAAUAUGUGUUUUAGGUCUCAUUCUGAUGUUUUUAGCUUCAAACUUCUAGUCAAAGGAAGCUGACAACUAAAUGCAUAUGCACUCAUAUCUCCCUUAACUUAAACUCAUCUUAAGGUAAUAGAAGAAAUAUAAAUACAUGAAGCAGCAAAGCAGGAAAACUGGUAGGAGAUUUGAAGAAUGUAUAAUGGGAUGAAAUUAACAAUAAAAUCCAACAGAGCUGUAGAAACCCCUGGGAAUACAGGGAAACAAUAGACUAGAAUAGGACCGAGGUAUUAACACCAAGAUCAGAGGCAGAAAGAGCUUUGAGUGUGAAUGGGUUUGUGAGUAGUUAACUGGAAACUGUAUUACAUGGGUGGUGUAAUAAGCACAGUUGUACUUAACCUCAGGUUGGAAGCACCAAACCCCAGUGUUUGCUUCAAGCUAAAACUAUGUGAGUGAUUCUCUUACCACAGUGCGUUUGCCUCCAUGGGAGGGGGUUACGGGUGCUGAGCUAAGAAGCGGAGUAGGAUCCAGCAGGAAGCUCCUUUGCCCGUAAUCCUAAUUCUCUGUACAGCCAGAAGUAACAGUGGCCUUGCCUCAUGUUGCCUAUCCAUGCCACAGAGACCAUGUUCAUUGAAAGAGAAGUUGCAGAUAGUUCCUUUUAAUCAUUGUUAAGAAAACAUGUUUUGAAGUUAAAUUAUUUUUAAAAUGUAAAAGUUAACCAUAAAUAGCAUGGAAAUAAAGGGUCAAACUUUAGAAUGAAAAAAAAAGAAAAUGUAGUCAAUUUUAUGAAAACCAGGAAUUUUAAGAGGAACAUUUUUUAAAAAGUAAGUCUAAGCAUAUCCAUUCUCCCAUCAUAUAAAAGAGAAUGGAUUUUCUUUAUUUAAGGGAGUAUUAGAUGAAUGAAUACAUUGGUAUUUUUAUAUUGGUGACUUGGCUUUUCUUUACCUUUCCCACUAAAAAAAAAACUUUCACUUUUACAUAUGUAUUUUUCAUUUAUAGGUGCCUUUGAAGUGCUAUAGAGCUGAAGAAACAUUUUUUUCUACAAAUUCAUAGCUCUUUGAAAUCUUUGGAAGCUAAAAAAGGGACAUUUGAAAAAUGGGGGUAGGUUUAUUGGUGGGAAGAUUGAAAAAGUCCUUUUUAAUUGCUUCUGUUUCUCUCAGGAAAAAAAUAACAGAGGAGAAGGGUUUGGUGGAGGUUUUAAACAAGAAGUGAUGGGCCGUUGCUUUGAGAAGUGUAUUAGAGAAGGAACCCAGGAGACUUUGUAAGGGAAGUGGUCAAAAGUUCAGACAAGUCAGCAGCAUUGUGUGAUUUUCUCCGUAGGUCUUAGGUCAGAUUUCCUAAGGCAGAGCCCAAGGCGGGGAUUCACGUGUGUCUGAUCUACUGGGGAGGACAAGAAGGGAGUUUGGUAAACAGGAGAGGGCAGGGAAGAGGCUAGGCAAGGAUGUGGUCUCAGUCUUUGUUCCAUUUGUUCCCCAUGCUGACCUCUGGUGCAUGAAUCAGCCACAAAGGCUGCCCUUUUGUGCUCGGUGUCAGUCAGUCAUUACCUGGAGACGCCCUGAAGAAGGGGCAUGAUGAACGGCAAGAUAGGCUAAUGGAUCCUCCCGAAAAGAUAUUAUUUAUCAGUAAUAAGAGUGAAGUGCUGAUACAUGUUAAAACAUGGAUGAACCUUGAAAACACACUAAAUGAAAGAGGCCAGUCAUAAAAGAAUACAUGUAAGAUGCCACUAAUAUGAAAUGUCCAAAAUAGGCAAAUCUAUAAGGACAGAAAGUAGGUAACUGUUUGCCAGAGGUUGGAGAAAGAGGGACUGGGGAGUGGCUGAAUGGCAGUUUCUUUCUGGGGUGAUGAAAAUGUCCUAACAUUAGAUAGUGGUGGUGACAGUUGUACAAUCAGAAUAAACUAAAAACCACUGAACUGUACAUGUUUAAAGUAUGUAUUUUAUGGAAUGUGAAUUAAAUAAAUCUCAAAGCUGUUAAUUUUUUUAAAUGUGGAGUAUCACAUGGGGGUCCUAUGGGCCUGGUGGGCCUGGAAAGCAAUAAUCAACUGUGAUAUAUGAUUCAACUACUCUAACUGGUUUUUCUGUAACUUCUGAUGUAUGUUCAAAAACGUUAUCUUAAUUAGACCUCGUUUCCACAACGCAGCAUGACUAUUCCUACAUUGUUGUUUUGGGAUUGUUCCGCUCCAUGGGAUUGGGGACUGUCAAGCAGCUAGUUAUGGUUAGUUAUACAUUAGGCAUUAAGUCACUCUUUAGAUCAUUGUAUAUAAUUCUUUGAUCAAUAAAUAUGAGGGGUGCAUUCUCAGCACCACUCUUGAGCUGUUAA